GGCGGAUCGGGGUCCUGGGCAAGGUCCCGGCGAGGCCGCCCCGAGCCUGCGCGUCGCUAAGUCCAGGCCUGCUGCGUGGGGCUUCGCGCGCUCGCGGGGUUGCGGCCGGGGCAGGGAGAGGGCCCGGGUGCUCGGAGCCUUCCCUUUGCUGCCCUCCUGCCCCCUCCCUGCUUCUGCAAGCCCGUUUCAAUUUGUACAACGUGCAUGAAACAUGAAAUUACCCUUGGCCACUUCCAGGCGCGCAGCCAGCGGCUCCCUGCCCUUCCCCUCCGGGCCCUGAGUACCGGCCCCCCACCAAGGAGGAGCCCGAGGUCUCCGUCCCGGCGGCGAUGCUGCCCCGUCGGCCUCUAGCGUGGCCCGCGUGGCUGUUGCGGGGUGCUCCGGGAGCCGCGGGUUCUUGGGGUCGGCCGGUUGGCCCCCUGCCCCGCAGGGGCUGCUCCUCCGCCCCCGGGACCCCCGAGGUGCCGCUGACCCGGGAGCGCUACCCCGUGCGGCGCUUGCCGUUCUCCACGGUGUCUAAGCAGGACCUGGCCGCCUUUGAGCGCAUCGUGCCCGGCGGGGUCGUCACGGACCCGGAAGCGCUGCAGGCUCCCAACGUGGACUGGCUGCGGACGCUGCGAGGUGAGGAUGGACGCCCACCCUGGGCUUGGCUAAGUCGGGCCCCAGUCCUGGCUCAGCACUGCUGUCUGGGUGGCCUUAGGCAGAUGACCCUCAGUGCCUGCCCUACAAAAUGGGACUUGGAGCCACUGCCUCAAGAACACCGUGCAGGCUGUAGCAAGGUGCUGCUGAGGCCACGGACGUCAGAGGAGGUGUCCCACAUCCUCAGGCACUGCCACGAGAGGAACCUGGCCGUGAACCCACAGGGGGGCAACACAGGCAUGGUGGGUGGCAGCAUCCCCGUCUUUGACGAGAUCAUCCUCUCCACUGCCCGCAUGAACCGGGUCCUCAGCUUCCACAGCGUGUCUGGAAUUCUGGUUUGCCAGGCGGGCUGUGUCCUGGAGGAGCUGAGCCGGUAUGUGGAGGAACGGGACUUCAUCAUGCCGCUGGACUUAGGAGCCAAGGGCAGCUGCCACAUCGGGGGAAACGUGGCAACCAACGCCGGAGGCCUGCGGUUUCUUCGAUAUGGCUCACUGCAUGGGACUGUCCUGGGCCUGGAAGUGGUCCUGGCUGACGGCACUGUCCUGGACUGCCUGACCUCCCUGAGGAAGGACAACACGGGCUAUGACCUGAAGCAGCUGUUCAUCGGGUCAGAGGGCACUUUGGGGAUCAUCACCGCGGUGUCCAUCUUGUGUCCACCCAAGCCCAGGGCUGUGAACGUGGCUUUCCUCGGCUGCCCAGGCUUUGCUGAGGUUCUGCAGACCUUCAGCACCUGCAAGGGGAUGCUGGGCGAGAUCCUGUCUGCAUUCGAGUUCAUGGAUGCUGUGUGCAUGCAGCUGGUCGGGCGCCAUCUCCACCUGGCCAGCCCGGUGCAAGAGAGUCCGUUUUACGUCCUCAUCGAGACUUCAGGCUCCAACGCAGGCCAUGACGCUGAGAAGCUGGGCCGCUUCCUGGAGCACGCGCUGGGCUCCGGCCUGGUGACCGAUGGGACCAUGGCCACCGACCAGAGGAAAGUCAAGAUGCUGUGGGCCCUGAGGGAAAGGAUCACAGAGGCGCUGAGCCGGGAUGGCUACGUGUACAAGUACGACCUCUCCCUCCCCGUGGAGCGGCUCUACGACAUCGUGACUGACCUGCGUGCCCGCCUCGGCCCGCACGCCAAGCACGUGGUGGGCUAUGGCCACCUUGUUCCCAGCUGGGAUGGACCCUACAGCUACAGACAGAUUAACAGGAGAAAUAACAGAGGCUCAUGACCUGCAUGUUUCACGUCUACUUGGGAGUGGCCAGCGAAUGAACGAUUCUCAAAGAGCUGGCUGUGAAUUCAGGCCCACGUGGCGUCUUCAACAAACAGUCAAGUUUUAGGGAUGUCACAUGACAGGACAUGGACUAUGAGUCUCCAGGUGGCAUCUCGGAGGAGGCAGGGAGCUGGCAGAGGACGGCAGGGCCUGAAGCUGCCUUGACCUUUGUCGGUUCUGGUGGAGGGAGGGGCCUUGCCCUUGUCAGUCAUUCCUGUGCUGCUCUGAGGCAGGACCUGAGUCGGGGGAGCUUUUCUUGGAUCUGCCGCUUCUCAGUUGCCUUUGUGGGAAAACAGCCCUCACCCCAACAUGGCACAGUUUGGGGUGGUGUGUCCUGGUUUGCCUCUGGGGCUCCUCCUCGGUGUGCAGCUCUGCGUUAAAAGCCACUGUCCUUGUCUGGGCAGCCCUUGAGCUGGUUUCUGGCUCUCUCUCCUGCUGGCCCGGAGGCGGGGCGGGGUCCUCACUUGACUCUGACCCUGGCUGUCCCCAGCCUCUUCUCUGAGCCGUCACCUUCUUGACCUCUGAGGUCAGAAGAGGAGGUUGUGGGUGGGGCGGGCCAGGGCCAGGGUGUGCUUGGAGAGCCACUGCCCUGGGGGCUCAGUGUGGGGUAAGUGGACCAGAGAGGAGGCAGCUGGGAGCCAGGACUUUGUCUGCAGUGGGCACUGGCUGGGCAGCUCCAGGGGCGACGCCCAUGGGGGUGGAGGCGUCCAGAUAGAGCUGCCCUGGGCGCCACUGUGGACCCCUCCAUCUGACCAGGUGCUGGGGAUACAGACUGGGAGAAGGUCUGGACUCUUCCAGGUCAGGAGGGAGGCAGUGGCAGGCCAUGCGGUAACUCAUGUGGUCGCUCUCCGCCUGGGGAGAUGGGAGCCCCGGGCUGAGGGAGUAGGAAGAGGGGGGAGAACUUGGGGAGAGAAGCAGGGAGAAGCCAAGGUAGCAGCAGCCUCAGAGGAGGGGUUGGCAUGUCUAGGGCGAGUGGCAUGAGGGUGAGGCUCAGCCGGGGGUCUCGGGGUUGCUGGGGAGGGGAUCUUGGGAGGGGCUGUUGGGGGAGGAGUGGGGUCCUGGGGGCUGCCCUGCCCAGCCUGACCCGUGAGCCCUUGUCCCUCCAGGAGAUGGUAACCUGCACCUCAAUGUGACGGCGGAGGCCUUCAGCCCGUCGCUCCUGGCUGCCCUGGAGCCCCACGUGUACGAGUGGACGGCCGGGCAGCAGGGCAGCGUCAGCGCGGAGCACGGAGUGGGCUUCAGGAAGAGGGACGUCCUGGGCUACAGCAAGCCACCCGGGGCCCUGCAGCUCAUGCAGCAGCUCAAGGCCCUGCUGGACCCCAAGGGCAUCCUCAACCCCUACAAGACGCUGCCCAUCCAGGCCUGACGGCCACUCCCGCUGCUGCCAAGGCCCAGUGAGGGUCAGCGGGUGGCUCUCGGGCGGGGGUGUUGCGGUGGCUCUGAGCGAUGAGCCGGCAGUGGGCAGGGGACCAGGCACCUGGUCGAAGGGACUGGGAGCCUGCACUGGGGAACUGCCGGACGCAGGCCCUCGGGCAGGAGCAUCUGGCAGAGUGGGGAGCGCGGCAGGCACCCUCGUUUGCAAGGCGAGGUGGGGCCUCUGCAGCCAUCCUGGACAGGCCGGGGUGGCGGCAGCUUUGCCCACGUGGAAGCGGGGUGGGUCUCACUUGCGUGGCGGUGGUCCCUGGCCCCAUCUUGCCUGCUGCGGCCUGGGGAGCAGGCACUGGGUGGUGUUUCUGCCUGUUUGCUGCUCGUUCCCCGGGCAUGCAUGGGCAGCGGGGGGCGUGGGCAGGCCCCGUGGGCCGUGAUCGUGGGUUGCCAAGAGGACCCGGGCACUGUGGCUCUGCUGAAUGGAGCCGGGUCCCUCAGGCCGUGGACGCCCUCGGGAGGGGUGACUGUGGCUUGUGUCUGGACCUGAGUGACAGGAAUGUGUCAUUUCCCGCAUCUUCUAGAGGGCUGCCAGCUGGGAAGACAGUUAUCAGGGCAAGCUGUGCUCUGAGUUUCGGGUUCUGCUCCUACGAAGAACGUGCGGUGCUGCAGGCGAGGGCCCCGGCACGGACAAGGGCCACUGCAGAGUGUGUUUCUGCUCGUCAGCCGCCCUGGGCAGCGGAUGGGCUGGGCGACGCAGCUGGACGCACAUCUCUUUCUGUCAUGAAUGUCCAGUAAAAAUCUGAAUUGGUUGCAA